AUGGGCUUUGACUACGCGCUGGUUCAUCUCAAGUACACGAUCCCUCCGGCCGUGCUGCUCACCUGGCUCUAUCGCCCCUUCUUCACCAAGCUCGACUCGUACAAGGUCUUUUAUCUGAUAUUUGUCGCUGUCACCUCGACUAUACCAUGGGACUCGUACCUGAUCCGCACCGGCAUAUGGAGCUACCCCGGCCAUGUCAUCAUCGGUCCAAAACUAUAUGAUAUUCCACUCGAGGAGGUCUUCUUCUUUAUCGUGCAGACAUACAACACCUCAUUGCUCUAUCUGCUCCUCAGCAGACCCACUUUCCAGCCUGUGUAUCUGCGCAUCGAAUCGGGUGCAUCCCGGAAUCCAUGGCGCUUUGCAAAGCUUACCGGCCAAUUGUUUUUGCUGGGCAUGAUUGCAUGGGGAUGGCAGUGCAUUCGGAGCGGCGGUGAAGGAACAUAUACUGGUCUCAUCUUGAUUUGGGCUGGUCCUUUUCUUCUGCUACUAUGGAGUCUUGCAUACCAGUUCAUUCUGGCGCUGCCAUUGACCAACACGGCGCUACCAAUCCUCCUCCCGACCUUUUAUCUCUGGAUCGUCGAUACGCUGGCACUUCGUAGAGGCACCUGGGUAAUAAACGUGGGGACAAAGUACGGAGCACACUUGUGGGAUGGCUUGGAAAUAGAGGAGGCUCUAUUCUUCUUUGUCACUAAUGCGCUGAUAGUGUGUGGUCAAUUGGCGUUUGACAAUGCUCUAGCCGUGUUGUACACCUUCCCGGGGCUGUUCACGGGCACCUCACUGCUGCCGUCGCCACUUCUCUUGAUGCGCGCCCUUCUUACGCCCAGUUCCAAGUACAACGCUGAGCGGCUCCAGGGUCUUGAUGAGGCAGUGCGCCGUCUGAAGCGCAAGAGUCGCAGUUUCUAUCUUGCAUCCGCGACGUUUCCUGGACCUUUGCGGGCGGAUCUGCUCCUACUCUACUCCUUCUGCCGCGUAGCUGAUGAUUUGGUGGACAACGCUUCUGACGCUGAGGAGGCCAAGAUGUGGAUAGCGAAACUACGCAAGUUCCUGAACAAUGUGUACAGCGAUAAAGUUGCGCAUACUGCUGUGCAUGCCCAAAUAUGCGCUGACUUCCCACUUGACACCCAGUCUGCGCUCCUUCAACUCCCUACAUCUAAACUCUCGCACCAGCCACUGGAGGAUCUUCUCCGGGGAUUUGAAAUGGACCUUGGUUUCGACAAAGCGCCGCUCAUAGAAACCACCGAGGACCUACAAUUGUAUGCGGAGCGAGUCGCAGGCACUGUCGCACAGAUGUGUAUUGAGCUCAUCUUCUACUGGUAUCCUAGCACUCUAUCCGCCGAGGAGCAGCGUGCCAUUAUCGCUGCUGGCAACAACAUGGGUGUUGCAUUACAAUAUGUUAACAUCUCGCGAGACAUUGAAGUAGACGCUAAGAUUGACCGUGUAUACCUUCCUUUGAAAUGGCUUUCCGACGUGGGACUGAGUUAUGAGGAUGUCUUGAAAAGGCCAAAUCAAGCGCAGGUCGAGACACUUCGCAAGCGGCUUUUGAAGGAUGCGUUUUCGCUCUAUGAGACGACCAAGGACGCCAUCGAACGUCUACCAAUUGACGCUAGAGGCCCCAUUCGGGUCGCAGUGGAGAGUUACAUGGAAAUCGGCAGGGUUUUGGGCCAGGAAAAUUAUAAAGUAAAGGCUGGGCGUGCCACUGUGCCCAAGCUGAGGAGGAUCAUUGCACUUCCCGACAAUUACACAGAUGAGGCCACGUUCCUUGACCACUUGCAGCGAAAUCCAAGGUUUCAGCCCUAUGAGUUCUGGUCGCUCAUGUCCGAUGCAACCGUCAUCGUGCAGCAUCUUGCGUCGGUCAUCAUCUUUUGCUGCUGCUUCGUAGCCAUCAUUCACGGUAGAGUGUCGCCUGUCGCCGUGGUUGGAUGGGCCAGUAUGUGCACAGUACUGGCCUGGGUCUUGUGGGAUCACUGGAUGGGCCAGGAGUUCAAGACAGUCGCCAGUGUGCCUUUGACGCCUACGUCGGAGACAGGCGAGGUCGUGCCACAUGUCUCGCAAACCCUUUCGCCUAGGGCCAAGCAGCGUCUGGCAACUGCCAAAUCCGCCAUACUCAUCUAUGCGGCUUUGCUUGGGCUCAGUCCAAUUCUCAAAUCGCUCACUCGCUCUACAACAAGUGAUUCAAUAUGGGCCAUAAGCGCGUGGCUGCUGAUGAUGAACGUUGCAUUCUUUGAUUACAGCGCGGGUACAGAUGCGCAGUAUGAACAACAUACCAAUCCACCAUUUCAACAGCUAAUUUGCAGCUUCUAG